AUGGCAACCAUAACCGUUUCAGCGCCAGGCAAAGUCCUCCUAGCCGGAGGCUACCUAGUCCUGGACAGAGCAUAUCAAGGUCUGGUCUUCGGCCUCGAUGCACGAAUAUAUAUCUGCGUUCAAGCCGCAACAAAUAGUGAGACAGAUUCCAAUUCUCGAAAAAUCAUUGUGCGAUCCCCCCAAUUUGAAAAGGCACACUGGGUCUACUCGUACGUUCCGGCGAAGGAUGGUGUACGGAUUACCCAAUCCCACGAGAGUGAAAGUGAUACUAGAAAUCCGUUUGUGGAAACAACGCUUGUCUAUGUCUUGACGUAUCUAUUUCAUUUGUCAAUCGACCUGGUUGGAGAUCUGAAUAUUACUAUCCUCGCAGAUGAUGACUAUUAUUCACAUACAAAGUCCUCUACCAAAGGAUCGUUCAGCAAGUUCGGUGUUACUCUGGCAAAUGCGCAUAAGACUGGCCUCGGGUCGUCUGCGGCUCUCGUUACGUCUAUUACAGCUGCACUGCUUGGAGCCUUUGUGCCCCACGCUGCUAACUCUGAGUUUUCUUCGCAUCAGCAUGUCAUCCACAAUCUGGCACAAGCCGCUCAUUGCGCGGCACAGGGAAAGGUCGGAUCUGGCUUUGAUGUGGCAGCAGCAGUGUAUGGAUCCUGUCUGUAUCGACGGUUUACCCCAUCGCUUCUUGAGCAUGUAGGUGAUGCUGGCUCUGAUGGAUUUGGCGAGCGGUUACACCGCUGCGUGGAGAAUCUUGACCCGCAUCGUCCGUGGGAUGUAGAGGUGCUGAAACAGGCGGUGCAGAUACCGAGAUCACUACGACUUGUGUUGUGUGACGUGGACUGUGGUUCUCAGACACCGGGCAUGGUCAAGAAAGUGCUUGCGUGGCGGAAGGAGAGACCGGAGGAAGCAGACUUGCUGUGGAGUGCCUUGCAGCAGGGAACUGAAGAUCUCUGUGCAGAACUCAAACGACUGGCCCAAUUGGAGGCGAUUGAGGAAAUAAAACGCGAGAAUCUGCGAGACACCAUAUCGACAAUAAGAUCUCUCAUACGAGAAAUGUCUAACAAAUCCGGAGUACCCAUAGAGCCACCAUCGCAAACCGAAUUGCUGGACGCGUGCUGCACAGUUCCUGGAGUCGUGGGUGGGGUUGUUCCUGGGGCUGGCGGAUAUGAUGCGGUGGUUCUUCUGGUGGAGGACAACGAGAAGGCUCUUGUGGACCUGCAGAAUCUGCUUGACAAGUGGAAAAGCACGACGGAAUCAGGAUCAGGUAUCGCAAAAGGGAGGGUCAGCUUGUUGGGUGUCAAACAAGAUGUGCAAGGGAUUAAGAUGGAGCCAGCUGGGACAUUUGUAGGCUGGAUCUGA